AGUGUACCUACUUAGUCCCCACCACAUCCAAUAAUUCAUUAAAACCCUUCCAACCCCUUCUAUGGUUUUUUCUCCCUAUAAAUCAUCCCAACCUUUGCUUCUUUCUCCUAAUAAUUUCAAGUUUUAACAAAAUUUAAUUUGAGCAUGCCACAUAUGUCUACCUUCACCACCUGCUUCUUUCUCUUGAUUCUCAUCCUCGCUCUCCCUCGUUCCUUAAGAGGAGAAUCAGAGAUAUAUGAGAUUGAUUAUAGAGGACCUGAGACCCACUCAUCGGUUGUUCCUCCUCCUCAUCACUUUCAUAUUGGAAAGCCUAAGCCUCAAAAGGGUUCAGUUAGAGGAACCAAAGCUUUGGCCUUGAGGGACACUACUUACAUACAAAAUAAUAAGGUUAAGAAAGUUCAUGGAUGAUCAAGAAGCCUUACGGAUUAAAUGGAGUACAUUAAAAUUUAGUGCAUGGAUGAUUAAUUAAUGGAGAAGGGUAUAUAGGGAUUGGUGAAAUUGGACGACAGAAACAUGCAGCUACAAAUGCAUCAUGUCUCAAUGUCAUCAUGCCAGCGAAGCUUUAUCAUCUCAAUAUUAAUGCUUUCGUCCAUUUAAAUUAGAUUCAUAAAUACUGAUAUAGGCUUAAAUAAGAGAGUGUUGACUCCUAUAGCCCAUCAAAUAAAUUGAGUUGGCUCAAAUAUUUCAAGUUUCAACUCUCUGAUCCUUCAUAAAUAACUAAAAUUUGACAUGUACUUUGCCAAUUUGAUAAGUCAAAUAAAAGGUUGCAUUGGAUUA